AUGUCUGAGACGCAGGGCCCGACUGUCAUUGCAGUCGCCGCUGUUUUUGCUGUUUUACUCUUCUUUACCCUCAUUUUGAGGAUAUAUGCCAGAGUCGCUGUCGUCAAGUCCGUUGGGCCAGAUGACUACCUCAUCAUAGUUGCUGCCCUUCUAUCUUGGGCUUUCAUUGCUUGUGUCAUCAAGUCCGUGGAACAUGGCCUCGGUAGCCACUAUCCAGAGGUUAUAGCCCGCGGAACCGAAAACUUCAUCACCUAUCUGCAGGUGGUAUGGCUUUCCUCCAUCUUUUACAACGCCUGUCUCGGCUUCAUCAAGAUUUCGGUCCUCGCUCUCUACAUGCGCCUCGGCGAUCGAAAGCUUCGCCGUGUCGCCAUGGUUAUGGUUGGUGUCAUAUGUUGCCAGGCUGGCGCCAACGUCCUGGCUUGCAUUUUCCAAUGCGCGCCCGUGAGCGCAGCCUACGACGUCCGCAUCCUGCCCACAGACAAGAAGUGUAUCGACAUCAACGCCUUCUAUCUUGCCAAUGCCGCGGUCAACAUUUUUACCGACAUUCUAACCUACACGCUCCCGAUUCCCUUGGUUGUCAAGCUGCAGAUCCCUCGUCAGCAGAAGAUUGGCCUGGCCGUUAUCCUAGGCCUAGGUCUCUUUGCUUGCGUGUCCUCCAUCAUCCGAAUUACCUACAUUCCCCAGAUGCUCGUCUCCGAUGACCCCACCUGGGCUAUCACGGGCGCGAUGUACUGGUCAGUUAUCGAAACGAACAUUGGUAUCCUGGCCGCCUCGAUUCCAUCCUACAAGGCCAUUGCCAAGCGCUACGCUCCUCGCCUUUUGGGAACCUCAAGCAACGGUAGCCACAAGCGUUCUGUUUUCAAGAUGAUGAAGGGUGGCAGUGGUGGUCCCAGCCAGCACACCGGGGGCGACAUGAAGCCGACGAGCACGAAGCCUACUUUCAGCACGUUCGACACACACGCUACGAAUGACAACAGCAGCGAGGAGGUUCUCUUCACACCGACGGGGCGGAUCGGUGUCAAGACGGAAAUCGUUCACCAGUUCGAGGAAGCGGGCAAUGGCCAGGAUAGCUUCGGAGGUGGGCUCCCUUUGCAAGGUGUGCGACACAGCAGCAAACCCGACUCUGGUCUAGACCACCUCCUCAUCCUCACCGGCGCGGCAGUGAUUCGAGACGAGACGUUGAACAACGUGGAGCGUAAGCUAGAAGAGGCCUCUUCUCUCUGGCCCAUUGAUGUCGCGGUUAAAUAUAACGGCAUCAACUUUGCAGAAAUCGAUAUUAACUCGCCAUAUCCCAAUGAGUACGAAGCCACCAACCUCGUCGCUAAUCGCGAGUCCAUUACGGAUACGACGGGCGGCUUUGCAAUCUUUAAGACGCUGCUAAUCGACGGCGCACAUGAGUUUGCCGAGUACAUUGUCCUUAAGCUUGUGCCACGAGGCGUAUUUCGGACUGAGUAUGAAGAGAAGAGCUUGAGGGAGAGCCUGGGCAUUCCUAGGCCCGUGAAUCGAUAUGGUCGGAAGAAGUAG